AUUGACAAUCUUCCUAUAUGUAUUUUUUCAUUCAUUUUCGGGUGUGUAACAGUGCUGGUCAUAAUGGUGCAAUUUGUAGGGUUUCUAUUACUUACUUUUGGUGCUGCAUUUGCUAGCUAUUCGUCGUAUAAUAAUCAACGUGCUGAGGAGGAGAGUCAUUGGUCGUACGAUGAUCAAAAUGAUUGGCCUGAACUUUGUAACAGUGGAACCAGACAAUCUCCAAUCGACAUUCGAACACCUUCGAUAGAACAAUCGCAUUUUUCACCUUUUAUAUUCAGUGGGUAUUCCGAACGUUUUUUUGCUGAUGUAACUAAUACUGGCCAUACAGUAAGAAUAAACUUACGAAAUGACAGUAAAGUACCUACCGUAGAAGAAGGUGGGUUGCCAGGAACCUAUGCUUUAGAUUCUGUUCAUUUUCAUUGGAAUUCUGAACACACGAUAAACGGCCGUAGGUAUCCUGCCGAGCUUCAUGCAGUGCAUUAUGAUGUCAAGUAUGGAAAUGUGGAUAACGCAAUAACACAUGAAAAUGGUGUUGCAGUAUUUGCUAUUUUGUUCGAAAUUUCUUCGGAAGAUAAUGAGAACUUCAAUCCUAUAAUGCCGGUGAUCGACGAAGUAGAUGAUACUGUUGGAAUGACAGCACGAACUGACCAGCGAUUUUCUCCUAACAUAUUUUUUCCACGUGAUACUUCUGGGUAUUACCGCUAUAUUGGAUCAUUAACCACACCAGAUUGCAAUGAAGGUGUCAUUUGGACAAUAUUUAGAAAUGUAUUACGUAUCUCUGAAUCUCAGGUUUCGUAUUUCACAAACAUACAGUCAGAAACAGGCCUUCUAACAGAAAACUACAGAACUCUGCAAGCUGUCAAUAAUCGUCCGGUAUACGAAAAUAUUAGCCCACUUCCAAAAAUACAUCAAAGGCUGGUAUAUUAGCAUCCAUGAAGUUGUUGAUGCUAUUUUCAAUAUUAUAUUUACAUUUAAAAUAACAUCUGUUCUUGUGUAAAGUCCUUGCCAGUGCUAUAACAAUGUGCCCUUCUUUCAUUUUUAUUGGGGCAAUUUGUAAUCCAAACUGUAUAUACUUGUACUUUUGCUGUGCAGAUGUUUUAUACAAUUGACACUACCUCAGUUUUGUUAUCAGUAUUUUUAUAUCAGUUGUUCUUAAUUAAUCAGUUUAUAUGUAAAUAUGUAAGGUUAUUAUACA